AUGCACCUAACUACUUUUCUAUUUGGUGCAGUCGCUGUGCUCGCAACAGUUCGUGUUGAUGCCUAUUCUUUCGACUUAGACGAAGAUGAUGACAAAAACAAGCUGAUCGACUCGGAUGAUGACAAAAUCGACUACCUUGACUCGAAAGAUGAUAUCAAAAGUGGCAAAUCAACUAACCCAUACGUGGAUGACACUCCUGACUCGAUAGACCUACAGUCUGAUCCAUCCCAAAUUGUUUUUCUUGGUGCAGACUCUGUUCAUCCAUUCCCCAGGACUAAGGCUCGUACUUCAUCUCAAAAGAGCGCUCUCAUGUUCCAACCGCAACUUUAUAUUGAGGACGGAUGCCAUCCAUACCCCGCAGUGCAGUCGAAUGGUUCGCUCAACGCCGGACUUGAGUAUGAACUAUUUCGUGAUCCUACAUGCGAAGGAUCUCCUUUGGGAUCACAGGUGUACUCACGGUCAAGUUGGUACCAAAUGAAGUGGGCUACCAUAUACACUUGGUAUUUUCCAGUGGCCUAUGAUCAUGCUUCUCCAUUUUCCACAGGUCACCGUCACUACUGGUUGUGGGCCAUUGUAUGGACAACUGAUCCAAACCCGGCCGAAGGGCAUUUUCUAGCUGUGUCCAUGUCUGGGAAUUUUGGAAUCUCAUCAUAUACGUUGCCACAUAUAAAGCAUCUUGUCAAUGGCACAACCGUCUUGCUUAAGUCUCAUAAGAGUUUGAUGAGCGCAAGACUGGCCCUUGAUUUGACUGAAAAAAGUGGUGAGAAAGAAGAUCUCAUCACUUGGGAAGAGCUUACUCCGGAGGCACGAGCGGCUCUGUCAUCUGUUAAACGAACUGAAGCGACGGCUAAUUCACCGCUACAGGAUAACAAAUUCUUUUCACUAUUGGAAAAGGCGUAUCCGUGGUAA